AUGACGACGCCCGUCUAUUUUGAAGUCCUCCUCUACUACAUCUAUGAGCAUGUGUGGAAUGCAACUGUCGCUGGGAAAAAGAACCACAAAUCCGUAUACUCAUUCGGUGCUCUGAGCCUCACGCCUAUUGGUGUCUACGCACUGGCCGAUAAGUACGGAGUCAAGGGGCUCAAGGCUUGCGCAAUCGAUCUGAUGCCGCAAACAACAGCGGGCUCAGUCUCUUCAUCCGGACUGGCGCUAUAUGCCUUUCUCUGUGUUUCCGGAGGCUGCGGCAUGGGUCUCCACAUUUGCCUCCUCAUCAUUAAGAGCAUGCCCCGUAUUGUAAAGGAUCUUGAGAUGGAGAAACUAGUCGCAAAGCAUCCCGCCAUGGGUGCGGACAUGUAUCUUGCAGCUCGUAGAAAUGACGGCAAACUCUGGUAA